UAACCUGUGAAGGACAACCAUCUAUUACAACACAGAAUUCAGCUCCCAACCCCGUAGCAAAUGGAACCUCUAAAUCACCCCGCUCUGAAAGGCCAAGUCCACCUCCACUGCCUCAAAAGACUGAGAAACCACAGGAGCAGAAGCCAGCUUUACCACCAAAGCCACAAUGGAUAAAAUCUGUAGUUGUGGAAGAACCAAAUACAUCACCUAACAAAGUUUCCUGCCCUGUUAAAGAAAAUACAAAAAGUGUAGUAAUUCGUCCAAAACAAAGCCAGUCGUUUUGCUCUGUGGGUAGCCAAGAAACUACAACGCAUGGAAAACUCAGUAAACAAUGCUCACAUGAAACAUACCAACAACAAAAAUGUGUUAGUGAAGAAAUGCAAGUCUCAAAUCAAGCAAAUGUAUAUCUGCCAAUCAAGCCAAAGGCUCAGGAAAGCAGCAAGAAACAGGAAACAGCACAACUCACAGAGAGGAAAUCAGACUGCAAAAUGACCGUGUCAAACAGCAGUGAAGUGAAAACAGAGAAAAAUGUGAAACAGAAAAUCAAUGCAGCUGAGGAGAUACAGAUACGUAUGAGGGGUUAUGAAGAUGGUGAGCAUGAAAUCAACACGAGCUCGAAGGCAGCACUAAAUAACUUUGAAGGAAAGGACAGAGACACUUCCAAGAAGGCAGCAAUCACAGAUGAUAACGGUAGAGGUCAUAAAAAGACAGAAAAGACUUCUGUUCAAGAAUACAAAUCAAAUCUCAAACCUCAAGAAAAACAGCACGAGCCCGGACUGCAGACAUCAGUCACUACGGGCCAUGUGCAGGAAAACAACCCGGACCAAAAGCAACCAACAUUUGAGGAUAAAGUUGUUUUAAGAGAGAAGAAGGCAAGAGAGACAGAGGAUGAAAGACGACAAAGGCUCUCUGUACACAUGGAAGACAUCGUAAAAGGAAAUGUAAAGGCAGCCAUGGAAAUCUUUGAAAACUUUAGGAAAAGAGAGGAACUCAAAGGGAUCCUGUCUCAAGUGCAAGAAAUAGAGGGAGAGGCCAGCAGUGUAGAUGACACUUCACUGAAUACAUUAUACCAGAAUGUCCCUACUUGGAUGGGUACAUCAAGGAGAAACGCUAAGCAAAGUAAAAUGGAGGGAAAGAAAGUUGAAGCAGAAACCCAGGAUGAUGAUCUUGAAAGCAUCUCCUCAGUUGAGACGGCAUUUGAAGAUCUGGAAAAAGCAAGCAAGGAAAUAAUGAACCUGAAGGAACAGACUUUAGCAAAGCUGCUUGAAAUCGAAGAGACGAUUAAAAAGGCUCUGUACUCCGUGUCUAAUCUGAAAUCUGAGGCCGACAUUGCAGGGUUGUCGGGGCUGUUCGAUGAGUCUUUGAAAUCUGAGCAAAACCUUCAACCUGCCAACAACAUCAGGAAGAUAAGCAUUGUUUCAAGCAAGGCCAAAUCAGGUCAGACAAAAGAGACAAGCGAUGUAAAUCUCCAGACAGAUUUGGAUUCAAGUCUUUCCAAAGAGGAAGUGUCGAGAAAAGGGCACAAUAAGCCCCUUAUUAGACAGUCUUCCUCUCAGUCUUCACCAUCAUUCAUCUCCAUUCACUCAGCUGCCAGAAAACCAAGUGAUCAACCAAAGCCAACCAUGUCAACAUUUAAACCAAAAACUAAUAGCUGCUCUGACAGUUGUCAAAAUGUGAACCGCGAUCUGGAGUCCGCAGCUGCCGAGUCUUCAAAAAAUGGCCCACAGCGCAAGGUCAGUGUUCUUGAAGUGCAAACCGCAGAGCAACCCGCAGGAAUAAUUGGCACGAAGACUGUCAGUGAAACUUAUGAAGAGAGCGACAGCUUUGGCAAUGUAUUUGUUUCCUCCAGGACUUCAACAUUCGUCACCAAACAGUCUGACAGUAAAACAUCGGCCCUGUUUGAAAUUAGUCCAACCAGAUACGAAGUCAUGACAUCCCCACUGAUGCGAAGGUCCGGGCGCUUUUUUGAAGAUAAAGUGUCGAGGAGCACCAAGGACGACGGGACGGUAUUUGUAACAUUCGGCCCACCAAAGGAAACGCACUGAACGAGCCACUUAUUAGUGCGUUCCACGGUCCUUUAACUUUAGGAAAGCAGUUUUAUUUACGUGUGUUUUCAUCCCAUUUUUGUUUUAUUAGUGAAACUGUUUUGUUAGUCUUUAAACUGAACUCAUGAAAUCAUGAAAAUGUUACCUUUAAAAACUUUUUGUCUUAUAGAUUUUAUACUGUAACCACAUGAUAAAGUGUUAAGAUCUUUUAACAAGGCUAAACACAAAGUUAGCACUGUUUAUUCUUCUGUUUUAAACAACAGUCAAAUAAAUGACAGGUUAGAA